AUGUUCUCGCCGAAGACUCAGUACGCCAUAGCAUCGCCCAUAAAUGUCCGGCCAGCGGGAGGUUCGCCGCUCCUGAAGCGGAGCCGAUCAGGCGCACCCAAGACAACCUACCCGAAGAAGCGGGUCAACGUGGCGUGUGAGGUGUGUCGGUCGAGGAAGACGAAGUGUGACGCUGCGAGGCCGUCGUGCUCGUUCUGUGCCGACAUUGGCGCUGAGUGCGUCUACCGGCGGUCCGAGCAGAACGUUAGACCCGAUGAGCUGCCCGACGCACGACCAAGUGUAACAAACCAUCAGCCUCAGGAAUUAGAUGGACUCGAUGUCGUUUCUCGCCUAGAACGGAUCGAGAGCCUCCUCAGACAGGUCACGUCGCCGCGUGACCACGUCUCCUUCGCCACCGGGGCCCUGGGCAUUUUCCACGACGAGGAUCAGCACCUGAUCCCGUCACCUCGGAGCUUGGACGAGUCACUCGCUCUCGCCCGCCCGGCUCACGCUCCAAAUUUUACUAUUGGAUUUGACCUAUCCGGACUAUCUCGCCUCUCGAACCAGGAGAGCCCCGAGGAGCUGCUGCCACUCCGCAAUGACAACUUUGAGCGCCUCCUCGAUUUGCAGCUCUGCCACGACGGGGACAUCUUUCGCGGGGGCUUCGUAGAGCUCGAGUCGCUUGAUCUCGGACGUCGGCGGUGUUGGCAGCUCCUGCAAUUCUUCUUGAAAGAUGUGUUACCGUGGUGCCCCAUCAUCGACCAGGCCGAUUGCUCGGACAUCGUGUCGCGGACAGUCGAGUCCGGCUUCGACGCGCAGUCCCUCGACACUUGUCUGGUACUAUUUAUCCUUGCCGUCGGGUCGUUUGCCCAAGACAGCCUUCACCUCGAGGACGACCCGUCGAUGUUUCCCGGGGUGGGGUACUUCCGCGCCGCCUGCCAGAUCGUCGACGCCGACAGGUUGAACACCAACACUAUUCGUUAUGUGCAGUGUCAGAUCCUUAUGUCAUUCUACCUAUUGUACUGUCUACGCCCGUUGCUGGCCCACGAGGCCAUCCAGAAGGCGUCGAUGAAGGUCAUCGUCCUGCUCCAGCUGCACAGCCGCCUACAAGCGGACCCCGUUUACCGCCAGCAGUGCCUCCGCGCCUACUGGACCUGCUACCUCAUUGAGCACGAGCUGCAGAUCUACAUCCCCUGGAGCUCGCAGAUCCUCCAGGGCUUCAACGAGGACAUGCCGCUGCCGCUCAGCGACUACGACGAGCCCGGCAUCUACUGGUUCCUCGCCGAGAUCACGUUCCGCCGCAUCUUCUCGCGACCCGGCGGUUGUCUGGGCUGGAACCAGAUGUUCGUCAUCUGCGAGCCCGUCGUCGCACGCGAGGUUUCCCAACAGUUGUCGUUCUGGCACGCCGGCCUCCCCCACCCCAUCAAGUUCCAUCUUGAUGAGCGGCCGCACAUGCGCCCGCUCCUCGACCCCCACAAGGUGUUCUUGCGGGCCCAGUACUACGCCAUCCAGGCCACCAUAUUCUGGCCCUACGUGAUCCGCAUGCUCACGUCACCGCCCCCCUACGAUCUGCCGAUUCCUACCCCGCCUGCUACAGCCGCCGCCGGCGCCCCAGAGGAGGAGGAGGCCUACCGCAUUGAGGGCCUCGCGCGCAAAUCGCUUAGUUUCGCCGUCCUACACCAGUACGCCGUCGAGCCGCUCAUGCAGAACCGCCACCUCUUGCUCCUCGCGGACCUCACGGGCUUGGGGUCCAUCUCGAUGCUGCUGCUCUGUGCGUAUGGCGUCGACAGGUUGCGGAGCAUUCAGCCCGAGGCCAUGGACGAGGCCAUCCUCAUCGGGUACAAGUGCCUCAGGGUGUGGGAGGCGAACCCGGAGCUGAAGUCUAGGGUGGAGAAGAUGGAGAGGUUGAUGAGGGCAAAAGGUAUCGGGGACUUCGUAUAG